GGCAUGAGUAAUUCUUUUGUCACUUGUGUUUGCAGAUAGAAAAACACUUCUAAAAUUUGCCUCUCUUAUCGCGAAAGGCUUGAGAAUAUCAUCUUGCUUAGAUCGAACGUCGUCAACAAGUAUACAGAAGUUUCUACUUUCAUCGUAGAGAAAAGCAAAAGCCAUGUCUUCAUCCUGGGAAACUCAAGCAACAGAAAGGGCUUCUUUCAUCCUAGAGAAAAUUCCUUGCGAAUGGAGACUCUCGUCAAAUGAAGUUGCAUUUGCAAAAGCCCAGCGAAAUAUUACAUCGUCUUUUAUUUGCAAGUAUCUAAAUCAAUUUGAACAAGAGGUCUUAGAUCAUGAAUCGAUAUCAAUCUUAAGGAAGCUUAAGAGUGGAGAGUGGACUGCCGUUCAUUGUGUCCUGGCUUUUUGCAAAAUUGCUUGCAUUGCUCACCAAAUUAAUCCUUGCUUGCUAAACAUAAUGAUACCUGAAGCGGUGGAAAAGGCUAGGAAGUUGGAUGAAUCCUUUCAAAAUGAGGGAGGAUCGGUCAAGGGUUUUCUUCAUGGUCUUCCAAUCAGCGUCAAAGAUCAAUUUCAUGUAAAGGGAUCAGAUACCACCAUGGGCUAUGUUGGAUGGAUCGGUACUUUUGAGGGGGAUGGUAAUAGCAAUAAAAUAGGUAUGGUAGACAGCCAGGUCAUCUCUGAACUAGAGGAACAAGGUGCAGUGGUUUUCUGUAAAACCAGCUUGCCACAAACCGUUCUCUAUGACGAAACUAUCAAUAAUAUCAUAGGCCCCUCACUUAAUCCAGUCAAUCGACUUCUCUCCUGUGGUGGUUCAUCUGGGGGUGAAGCGGCGCUCAUCUCAAUCGGUGGAAGUUCAUUGGGUGUAGGUACUGAUAUUGGUACCUACUCCAUUCUGCAUACCUUCAAACACAUAACUAAUUUCAGCAUAGCCGGUUCUAUCCGUGUACCAGCUGCAUUCUGUGGUAUAUACGGCAUCAAGCCAACUCAUAAUAGAUUCUCUUACCGAGGGGUUGCCAAUACUAAUCCCGGACAAACACUAAUCUCUUCCUCAGUUGGGUUUCUUUCACGUUCACUUGAAGGCCUAGAAUUAGUCAUGAGCAGCCUUUUGUGCACAUCACCUUGGCUUCGCGAUCCAGCCGUCGUUCCAGUGCCCUGGCGUAAAGAAAAUCGGCCUGAAGCCGGGAAAAGGCUCCGAUUUGGCGUUUUCUGGUGGGAUGGAAUGAUUAAUCCUCAUCCGCCUGUUACACGGGCAUUGAACAUGGCCGUAACUGCUUUGAAGAAUGCAGGACACGAGGUCAUAGAUUGGUGUCCACCAUCUCAUAAUAUACCCGAGAGACUUCACCCAGCAAUAAUGAAUGCAGAUGGCUCCCAUCAUAUCCAGAAACAAUUAGCAUUAUCCGGGGAGCCACUGAUAACUGAUUUAGAAGGCUUCUACACAUUGAAGCCUCCAAUGUCUCUUCUCGAAUAUCAAGACCGAGCACUCCAACUGCGAGAUUAUAGACAAGCUUACUCUGACUAUUGGAACAGCACAGCAGAUGCAGAUGGAAACGUGGUGGAUGCAGUAUUAAUGCCCGCAGCACCUCAUGCUGCUGUAAUACCCGGAAAAUGGGAACAUCUUGCUUACACAGAGGUACUCAAUCUUUUGGAUUAUACGGCAUUGGUUAUUCCAAUCACUCAUGCAGACAAGAAUGUGGAUGAGCAUCAUGUUUAUGUUCCAGUUAGUGCGAAAGAUCUGAGGAAUUGGACCGCGUAUGAUAAGGAGGUGUAUGAUGGCGCGCCAGUUGGGAUACAAAUUGUGGGGAGAGUGUAUGAGGAAGAGAGGAUUAUUGGGGUGGCGGAGAUUGUGGAGCAGGCUUUGGGCAAAUGAGGGGGUAAUUUGAGAUGGGUCAUGGUAAUUGCAAAUGUGCUAAUCGUGGAUUUCAAUCAACGAUAUCACUUAUCUAAUCUCA